AUGAGGUUGAAUGGCGGUGCAGUCUUGGCAUAUCUUUUCCUGCACUCUAAUCCAAAACAGCAAGCAAUGGAUAAUGAGUGGAUGUGGAAUGGAUGUCUGUUGGGAAACACCACAGACCAGACUAAAACUUUACCCAAAGAAGCUGCCAAGAGGAAUCAAAAUGGACGGUGGACAAGGUAUAGUAAGGGUGGAGCUUGUAAGAAUGAUCUUCCCUUGCUUGAAGCUUCCACCGUGCUAACCCACAAGUGCAUUUAG